AUGGGCCUUGGCUCUAUUGGGCCUCCAUUUUGUAGCCCAUAUCUUGUGCCUCUUCCAUUAUGUUAUGUUAGUAGGAGCGGUUUGUGGUUGGUGGUGAGGGAAAAGAUAGAUAUGGCAGUUUCAGAGAUAAGUUGGAGUUGGAGGGUUUUGUGUAGCAGCCACAGAGUUAACACGCCAAACACGCCCUUGUUCGUCCAAAUCCCAUUGCCAAUUGGCUUCACCAGGUGCUCUUCUUGUGUUGUUGCUCGCGCUCUGGACCCUAAAAGGGAAGAUCAAAACUCUACCAUUACUUCUCAAGAGGACUUAGUGUACGUGGGAAAAGUAGUGGCAGGUUCUUUUGUGGGUGGUGGUGCAAUCAAGUAUGGAAGCGCUCUUUUCCCUGAGAUAACUACUCCGAACCUUGUGCUAGCUCUCGUUAUCAUCUUAACUCCUGUGCUUGUUGCUGUUUUUCUUUUGAUCAAGGAAAGUCGUACAGACCAAUAG